AUGCAAAUCUUUAAUAACGAAUCAUAUUUAUCUUUAGUUAUUGAGCCGGGCAUAAUCCUUCUUCAUUUAUCAUUCACAAAGCAGCUUCUUUUUUCCCGAUUCUUUCUUGGGAUUCGCGGAAACUUCUAUCGCUUCCACCAUCUCUCUCUUUCACCUAUUCUUUCGGCAAUAUCUGUCUCUCUUUUUACUCCUUUCUCUCCCCGCUAUCGCUAUCUUUCCCGCUCAUUUCAUUUCAUUGUUCCCUUUCUCUUUUCUCUAACUGUCAUCUUCCUCUUCACUUCUCAAAUAUCUUUACUUAUUUUUCUAUCUUCUUUCUCCUUCGUGCGUUUUCAGCGAUCUCUCUCUCUCUCUCUCUCUCUCUCUUUAUUUCCUUCUCUCUCUCUUAUACAUGUUUCUCUUUUUCUACAUUUCCCAUCCUACGCUGUCACUUCUUCCUUCCCUCUUUAUACUAUAUAUACUUAUUUUUCUCUCUUCAUAUAUCAUUGGUUCUCUUUCUCCUGUCCUCUUCCUUUCUCUCUUUCUUUUCCUCCUUUUCCUGUCGCCCCUUCUUUAUAUUCCCUUCCUAUUUCUCUCCCAUUAUCAUUCUUGCUCUAUCUUUCUCUCUCUCUUUCUCUCUCUCACAUUCUCGCUCUUUUCUCAUACUUUCCCUUUCACGUUUUAACUUCUCAUAAAACGCACCCUUUUCAUCAACUGCGUCUUCUUCUGACAAGUCUCUCCCUGUAUUGUUUAUCCUCUCGCUAUUUCUUCUUUUCAUAUAAGGAUGCAAUUAAUACAUCCAAACAACAUUCAUUAUUUCCAUUAUUCCUUUCCUCUUCUAUUUUACCUUCUCUCUUUUCAUUCCUCUUCGGUUCUUUCUUUCUUUCUUUCUUUCUUUCUUUCUUUCUUUCUUCUAACAUUUUCCCUCAUUUCUAA